AUGGCUUGGCUUCCAUUCGGCAAUAAAGACAAGAGUAAUGCUAAAGUAGAUCUUGUUCAAUCACCACAAAUUGAACAGAGAUCUCAUCAACCAAUGCCUACUUCAGAUAUAGAUACCACGUUGAACCAAAUUUCCACCCCCACAUCGUCGAUUAAAGUUAAGGAUAUCCAAGACACCACUGAUCCUAAACAGGCCCAAGCUAAGAUAACCGAGUUUGUCCAGAAAGAUCCGUGGAAAACUUUCAUCAUUGAUGGUGAACAUAAUGCUGACCAGAGUAUAAUUUGUACUGAUACCAAUGAUGGCAAAACGUGUUUGAAAUUAGGUAUCAAUUCUGUCAAGAUGUUCAAGGUUAUGCAAAGUUUGGAAUACUUUUGUUCAUUGCCUAACGACGUUGAUGCUACUUACUUUGAGUGUAGAAAGAUAAAAUAG